GCACCGCUCGACUAUGAAAGACCUACAGAGACUCCGAAGAAGAGCAACAGCUUUGACAGAAAAUUGAUGCGAGAGGCUCAGGAGGAGCGUCGAUACUUUGUCUAUGUUUAUGACUACAGCGAGAACAAGACAAAAAUCAUGAAGAGACGGAAUCUUCUCGAGAGACGAGAUAGUGAGAAAAUUGAGCCAGUGACGAUACCAUCAAAAGGCAGUCUAGCUAUCUGUACUGGCGAUGACGGAUUUGGCGGCGGGAAAACUGUCGUUGCGAGAGUACACAUCAACAUGGCUUUGCGAUUACAGAAAUGGCUUGGACUUCAGCAGCAGCUCUACAUCGUAGACGACAUGAAACGGAGUGGAACCUCUGAAACUCGAUGUUGUUGA